CUUACCAAAAAAGACUGAGAAACAAAAAAAGAGGCUUCUACGUCGUGGCGGUGGGGGCUGGGUUCAGAGGAUCAACAGUGAUGGAGGAAAUGGCUGAGCGGACGGGCAACCCUCGUCGCCUCCUUCUCCGCGACUUUCUGUCGCUGGAUCAAUGCAAGGAGCUGGAGUUCAUCCACAAGAGCAGCAGCACAGUUGGGUACAGGCCGAACGUGUUCUCCACCACUCUGUCUCAUCUCAUCGCCACCAACUGCCCUCAACUGAUCGUCCCUCUCGUUCCCCUCCGGGAGAAGCUAAAGGACAAGGUUGAGGAGUUCUUCGGGUGCGAAUACGAGCUUUGCAUUGAAUUCACCGGUCUCGUCAGCUGGAGUAAAGGAGCAAGCAUCGGAUGGCAUAGUGAUGAUAACAGGCCGUAUCUCAAACAAAGAGACUACACGGCAGUCUGUUAUCUGAAUACCCAUGGGAGGAGCUUCAGUGGUGGGCUUUUUCACUUCCAGGAUGGUGAACCGAAAACAGUGGUGCCUUCUGCAGGAGAUCUUCUUAUGUAUACUGCAGAUAGCCGUAACAUCCAUGCGGUGGAUGAGGGCCAACAGAAGUGUAGGAGCAUGAAAGUUUUCAUCAUUGACAUGGUUACUGGUGGUGAAAGACUCACUCUUACUCUAUGGUUCAGCCGAAACAGUACUCAUGAUGAGGAUGUCAAACUGAUUUCUCGCCUCUCGCAGAUUUGCUCCACUGCAGGGAGCAGUGAGCCUCUUUCUUCCCUACCUGCACCAGCAUCCAGUAAUAUGUACUUGUUUUCUCGAGAUCAAUCUUCACAUCAAGAGUUGGGUAUCAACGUAUGCUUUGCGAGAAUUUUGGUUUUAGGAUUUAGCAUCUAUUCUUCUCAUGCCGAGAAUGAUCUGUCAGAGCCAUGUGAUUUACUGCUAAAACCGCUGCAGCUAACAAGGGGUGAUGAGUUGUUCAGCUACGAAUUUUCUAACAUUCUGCAUGCACUUCAGGUGGUGCAGUAUUACUUCUCAAAAUCCUCAGGGUUGCCUAGUCCCAAAAGUGAGUUGGGACCGGGAAAGAUAGCAAAACUCUCUCAUCCUCAGAGGGAGAGAGUCGAUGACCUUAAACACUUUUUGGUUAAAGAUCAUAAAUUGCCAUGGGAGAUUUUCGACUUCACGAGCCAUGAAGGUGCCGGGUUGCUAGACUUCAAUUGGGCCUAUUUCUCUGCUGCGGUUUCUGCUUGGGAGGACUACACCUCUGAGAAGCAUAAGGAAUUGCUUUUAAGUAUGCCUCAAUGGAAAAGUCACCAAUCUAUGUUUUGCGUUUCAUUUGGUGGGCCUUGAGUUUUGUCUCCCUCUUUUACAAAUAUUGUACAUUAACUGCUGGACUUUUCGUUAAUCGAAAAGCAUUCGAUAUCAUAGAAUCAUAUGGCAUAAAUCUUUUGACUGAAAUCCCUUAAGUGUCCC